CUAGAUAUUGGUCAUCAAAAGUUUUUCCUCAAUUUUGUUAAAGCAAAUAUCGGUACAACAAAAUGUUAUCGAUCGUAUAAAGAAACUGUCGGGGGCUAUUCCAAUAUAGGAGCCACGUCCAUUGAUUUUAAGAAUUUUAAACGUGACUUGAAGGCGUACGUAGUUGGCGUGGAUGCUCAAAUGCUGAUAGAUAAACUUUUCAGAAAGAAAGAGGUUUGCUCAGCCUUUGCUUUUGACUAUGAUGUCGAUGAGAGUGAUCAAUUGACACGCAUAUUUUGGGCUGAUCCAGUUUGCAUAAGGAACUAUGCUUUAUUUGGGGAUGUUGUUUCUUUUGAUGCUACUUAUGAGAAAUCGGUAUAACAUGGUUUUUGCUCCUUUUACCGGUGUUGAUAAUCAUAAAAAAUGCAUUACAUUUGGUGUGGGUUUGUUGUUGAAAGAAGAUGUUGAAUCAUAUGCUUGGUUGUUUCGGUGUUUUCUUAAUGCAAUGGGUCGUAAACCAAAGUGCAUCAUAACAGACCAAGACCCGGCAAUGAAGAUUGCUAUUCCACAGGUUUUCACUACGACGUGUCAGGGAUUUUGCAUGUGGCAUAUAAUGUCGAAACUUAGUGCAAAAGUUGGACCUGUCUUGAGUAAGGAUAUGAAUUUCUUGAAUAAAUUGAAUUCUGUUGUAUGGAGUCAUUAUCUUCAGCCUGCUGAAUUUGAAAAGGAAUGGAAUAUGGUCAUGAAAGAAUUUGACUUACUUGAUCACAACUGGUUCACAAACAUGUUUGAAAUUCGCAAGCUUUGGAUCCCUUCUUAUUUUGGUGACGUUUUGAUGGCUGGUUUGCUUAGGACUACAUCACGUUCAGAAAGCGAGAAUAAUUUUUUCAAUGAAUUCACGAAUCCUAAUUUCAGUCUGAUUGAAUUUUAUAUGCAGUUUGAAAGUGCUAUGGAUUCACAAAGACACAAUAGUGCACAGUUGACCAAAGUUUCUGAGUCAUGCAUUCCUGAAUCCAAAACUCCAUUACAUAUUGAGAGAUAUGCUUCGUCUGUUUAUAAUCAUUCCAUUUUCUAUGUCGUUCAGAAGGAAAUAUGUUCCGCUUGUUUUUCUUGUGGUGUACAUAGUGUUCGACAUGAAGAUGGUGCGUCUCAGUAUGUAAUAUCUGAUGAGCGAGGUUUUAGUUUCACAGUUGAGCAAAAUAGUAUUGAUUGUACUACAAGUUGCACGUGCAAACAUUUUGAAAGGAUUGGCAUAAUGUGUCGUCACAUAUUUUUCGUGUUUAAAGAUCUGAAGGUUAAUGUUAUUCCAGAUAAAUAUGUGUUACACAGAUGGUGCAAAGAUUCUAUCCUAAAGCCUCUUAAUGCGUCUGAAGAUGUUGUUUUUCAACAGUGUGUUGGCACUGAAGAAAAGAAAGGAGCUAUUAAGCAAUUGUGGUCUGAUAUUCAUUUUUGUGUCGGAAUGAUUGAGCAUGACCCUGAUUUAUUCCAGCAGUUUGCCGAUGUCAUUAAGGCGCAGAAAGACUUAUUGUCUGCCUCUGAUCAAAACAGUGCACCAUCAACUUCAAAAGUGGAUGUUAUUAAAUCAUUUUAUGGAUCAUCUAUUCCUACUGAAGUCAGUGUGCAUCCGCCUCAACAAGCUCGAAAUAAAGGUUGUGGCAAGAGGAUUAAAGGCGACAAGGAAAAGGCA